UAGCACUUAUAUAACCUUGCUCUUUUGUUGUUUUGGAUUGCUUCCGUUGUCCUCGUUUGUAAGUCGCUUUGGAUAAAAGCGUCUGCUAAAUGACUACUAAAUGUAAACGUAUGCUUCCUACAGUGGGUUAACGCUCCCGCUGAACCGGACGUGAUUCCUUCACAGUUGCACUGUUGUCAUUGCACGGUCAAUGGCGGACGGUGCUUGAGCGUUUAUCUGAAAAACGUAGGCUUGGCACAAAUAUACUUGAAUAUCGCCCGGCCAUUUAAAGCAUUUAGAUCGCACGUGUGUUUCGGCCCGUGAGCAUGGAUGUGAAUCUGACCAUCUCUCUGAUGCGGGGCCAGAUGGGCGCUGUUAUUGAGAAAGCCGUGAACAUCGCGGUGGAGACCGUGUUAGGAGAGAUGAUCCGGGUGGUCGGGCUCAAAUUCGAGGAGAUCAAACGGGAGAUGACCGCUAAAGAGAAGGAGAACGAGAACAUCAGGAGGAUGUUGGAGACGUCCCGCUGUCAGAUGAAAACCAUGCGCAAGUACAUCAGCGUCCUGUCUGCCGAAGAGCCCAGACAUAGACUGUAUCAGGGAGAUGGAGACAUGGCUACAACAUCCACAGGGAUGCACUGCAGAAGAGGGCCAAACCCCUGUCCCAGACCUAGAGUCUCUGAGCCAGCCCCUGUAGCUGGACCCUCGUGGCUGAGACAACAGAUGCACAUGUCCAAAGAAACAUUAAGAAGUGACAGUCACAUUCCUGAGCAAGACACUGAAGAGACCCAUGCGUCAACAAUUCAUAAAGUUGUGAACUCAAGCUCUCAUCUGAUGGACAGUCAGGCGCUUCUGUCAGAGACCAUUGAUCCCAUCUGGGGUCAGAACCCUCUGGCCUCUGCAGAGACCGGACACACAGACAUGCCUGACAGCAGCGUCCUCUCUGCACCCAUGAUGGCAGAUGAAUGCAUGUCAUCCCAAACGACAAGCACAUUGACCUUUGGAGCACCAUCACUUAAAAUCAAACAGGAGGAGGCGGAGGUUGAAAUAGUCUGUGUGAAAGAUGAACCCGCAGAAGCUGGCAGCAUCCCUAGAUUUGAAUAUUCCACCGCUGAACUUCACCAGCCAGCGGGAGAACCAGAGCUAGGGGUCUCACUAGAUCUCCCCGCAUCAUUUCAAGCUCUUCAGAGUCCAGGCACUUCAGCAGACCUUGCAAUCCCAGCAUUCAUUGGUGUGGACCCGACUACCUGUAAGUAUAUAACUGAACAUUUCUGCACGGCUUCAUUUUUUAAAUAUUAUGAACGUACUGUAGAUAGUAAUGUCUUUUUUCUCAGGCUAUUAAAUCCCUGAUAUUACGAUUAUGUCACCAAAGCAUACCUUCAGCCAUGGCCAGAAGUUUUGAGAAUGACACAAUUAUUAAUUUUCAAAAAGUCUGCUUCAGUUUUUAUGAUGACAAUUUGCAUAUACUCCAGAAUGUUACAAAGAGUAAUCGGAUGAAUUGCAAUUGAUUGCAAAGUCCCUCUUCGCCAUGAAAAAAUUAACUUAAUCCCAAAAACAUUUCCACUGCAUUUCAGCCCUGCCACAAAAGGACCAGCUGACAUCAUGUCAGUGAUUCUCUCGUUAACACAGACAAGGCUAGAGAUAGCUCUGUCACGCUGAUUAGGUUAGAAUAACAGACUUGAAGCUUUAAAGGAGGGUGGUGCUUGAAAUCAUUGUUCUUCCUCUGUUAACUAUGGUUACCUGCAAGGAAACAUGUGCAGUUAUCAUUGCUUUGCACAAAAAGGGAUGUACAGACAAGGAUGAUGCUGCAGGCAAGAUUGCACCUAAAUCAAUCAUUUAUCGGAUCAUCAAGAGCUUCCAGGGGAGAGGUUCAAUUGGUGUGAAGAAGGCUUCGGGGCGCCCAAAAAAAGUCCAGCAAGCGCCAGGACCAUCUCCUAAAGUUAAUUCAGCUGCGGGAUCAUGUCUCCAGCAGUGCAGAGCUUGCUCAGGAACGGCAGCAGGCAGGUGUGAGUGCAUCUGUACGCACAGUGAGGACAAGACUUUUGCAGGAUGGCCUGGUGUAAAGAAGGGCAGCAAAGAACCCACUUCUCUCCUGGAAAAAACAUCAGGGACGAACUGAAAUUCUCCUAAAGGUACAGGGAUUGGUUUGCUGAGGACUGGGGUAAAGUCAUUUUCUAAGAUAAAUGCCCUUUCUGAUUGUUUGGAGCAUCCAGAAUAAAGCUUUUCUGGAGAACAAGAGUGCCACCAUCAGUCCCGUGUCAUGCCAACAGUAAAUCAUCCUGAGAUCAUUCAUGUGUGGGGUUGCUUCUCAGCCAAGGGAGUGGGCUCACUCACAAUUUUACCUAAGAACACAGCCAUGAAUAAAGAAUGGUACAGAAAUAUCCUCCUAGAGCAACUUCUCCCAACCAUCCAAGAACAGUUUGGUAAGGAACAGUGUCUUUUCCAGCAUGAUGGAGCACCUUGCCAUAAGGCAAAAGUGAUAGUUAAAGGGUUAGUUUGCCCAAAAAUGAAAAUUAUGUAAUUAAUAACUCACCCUUAUGCUGUUCCAAACAUGUAAGGCCUCCUUUUAUCUUCGGAACACAGUUUAAGAUAUUUUAGAUUUAGUCCGAGAGCUCUCAGUCCCUCCAUUGAAGCUGUGUGUACGGUCUACUGUCCAUGUCCAGAAAGGUAAGAAAAACAUCAUCAAAGUAGUCCAUGUGACAUCAGAGGGUCUGUUGGAAUUUUUUGAAGCAUCGAAAAUACAUUUUGGUCC